AGUUAGCAUUCAGAGUUGAAAGAGGAAGAGAAAGGGUUUUUUUACUGUUUGGUGGCUAAAUUAACAAACUUGUAAUUAAAUCAAAACAGUGGAAUUUAUUACUCAUGCAUUUGUAAAGUACGGUCUACAUAAUAGGGUUCUUCUGCUUUCACUAUGGACAGUGAUAAUGCUGGUGUUGAUACAGCAGCUGCUUCUGAAAGUCGUUUUCAACGAUUGAGAAAUCAAAGCGGGUUUUGGUGGCUUGGGUUGUGUAAUAACUUUGCCUAUGUGGUGAUGCUCAGUGCUGCGCAUGACAUUUUAAAACAACAGGAAUCUCACAACGCAACAUUGCCGACUUCAGAUCUGCAGUCACAGAAUGGAAACAGCAGUAACAGCAGCCGCUAUGACUGUAACCCCGUGUCCACUGCAGCUAUACUUUUGGCUGACAUCCUUCCAACUCUACUGAUCAAGCUGACAGCACCCUUUUUCAUACACAAAGUGCCUUAUGGUUUCCGUGUUCUGUUUUGUGUCGCCUCGGCAGUGGUUAGCUUCCUGGUAGUAUCAUUUUCUUCAGCUGUGUGGAUGAGCAUAUUAGGCGUGCUCUUCGCCAGCGUGAGUUCAGGAUUGGGCGAGCUCUCCUUUCUUUCUCUAACCGUCUAUUUCAGCAGCAAUGUGCUGAGUGGAUGGGGUUCUGGCACUGGAGGAGCUGGGGUUGCUGGGGCGUUUCUUUACGCCGCCUUUACACAGGCAGGUCUUACACCUCGGGUCACUUUACUGAUCAUGCUGCUCGUCCCUGCAAUCAUGUUGUUCAGUUACUUUUUUCUUUUAGUUUUUCCUUCCUCAUUCCCACAAUGGAAAUGUACAGAACUGAGGCCUGUCGUGUCCUCUGUGAGUGUAAACUCCCAGGAACGACGACCCUUAUUAUUGGACGACGAUGAUGAAGACCAUCUUCAAGAUGAGAAAAACAGAGAGGACAGACAUGCGGGACCCCUGACUUUCUUAGAGAAACUUCAAAUUGUAAAAGAUCUCUUGCGGUUUAUUUUGCCUCUUGCUGUCGUUUACUUCGCUGAAUAUUUUAUUAACCAAGGUUUGUUGGAGUUGCUUUACUUUCCAGAUUCUGGUUUGUCCCAUGCUGAACAGUAUCGCUGGUAUCAGAGUCUGUACCAGAUUGGUGUGUUUAUAUCCCGUACCUCGCUCUACUGCAUUAAGAUCAGGAAGAUUGUGUUGCUUUCCUUGUUGCAGUGUGUGAAUGCUGUCCUGCUGCUGUUUGCAGUGUAUUACCAGUUUUUGCCCAGUGUGUGGCUGGUGUUUCUUAUUGUUCUUUAUGAAGGUCUGCUGGGAGGGGCUGCCUACGUCAACAUUUUCUAUCUAAUCAGAGUUGAGACUGGGGAGCGUGAGAGGGAAUUCGCCAUGGCUGCAGCCAGUGUAGGAGACAGUUUUGGAAUCGCUCUCUCUGGAGCAGCAGCUUUUCCCAUCCAUAACUACUUUUGCUCUCUGAAGUGACCGUGUAGCAGUAAGAUGUGGAAUCAACUUAAACAAAUUAUAGACAUGUUGGAUUUACUUUAUACAAACCCCAUUUCCAGAAAAGUCGGGACAUUUUGUAAAAUGUAAUAAAAAGUCUGGAUGUUCUUUUUCAUCUUUUGCACAGAGAACUCGACAUCCGUUUUUCUCAAAAACAAGCUGAACCAUGGACUCAUCUGACCACGGCAGAUAGUCUUUUGGAAUAUCUGAGAUGAACUUGGGCUCAGAGAACUCUCGCAUUUCUACAUAGAAUUGAUGUUCUUUUUGUGCAAUAGAGUUGCAGGUUACAUUUCUUGAUGCAGCGACUAGCUGAGAUCUCUCCAGAUUCCCUAAAUGUUUUCACGGUAUUAUGAACAGUAGAUGGUGAAUGACAAAAUUAUUUCCAUUAAGAAAUGUUCUUCUUGAACUGACUGGCAGUUCUCCCCAGAGGUUUGGUAUAAAAUGGUGAGACACAACCUAGUUUUGCUUAUAAGGAUUCUCAUUUUAUUCCCAAAUAUGAUUCCCUCAUGUCAAUUCACCUGCUUAUUGUGGAGAAUUCCUCAACGUUUUUGGAGUGUGAUGCAGGCAUCAAAUUCUAAAUGUGUUUCUAAAUGUGUUGGAAAUACAUUCUUUCUGCGUACUAAAGAUUCGUCUUUUUAUUGUGUUUUACUAAACGUCCAAACUUUUCUGGAUAUCGGGUUUGUGUGUCUUUUAACUAGGAUUUUAAAUUAAAAAUGUAAAAUAAACUACUUGUUCCUAAUGAUUUUUAUUGUAGCUUUUGUAAUUGAUAUCUUCACAGCCUGAUAAUGUAUUAAACUGUAAAGUUGUAAAUAAUUAUAUAUUAAGUCUGAUGUAUUAAAUAAUUCUGUUUCA